AUGUCCAACAUUAUUGCUAUCGCCCAACUUCAAGCCGACUUGACAUCUAUUAACCCUGUAUUGGUGACUCCUACUCCCUGCCCUUUCACUGACGGCCGGGAUGUUUGUACAAAGGCUACUAUAGCUCAUCAUCAGAUGAUGAGAGCUAUUCAAACUAGAGAUCGAAUCGAAAGCCUAGUCCAUGCCUAUUACUUAGGCUCAAUUUUAGACAUAGCGUCAAGAAAUCAAUUGACUAACCUUCGGAAUGUGAUCUCAAGGCAUUACUUCAUCGGAGCCACCAGAACGUAUUAUCUUUUUGAACGAUUUGGUGUGGAACAACUAUAUCGUACUUCCUAUACCACGCUUAACAUGGUUCGAUUGCUGACCAAUGAUGAUUUCCAAUCGUUACUACAAUAA